CGAAGAGUAAGGGGCACUAUACAUACUAGGGAAUACUCAAUCUAGGGAGUUGCUUACCAAUCUCGAUACACAGUUGUGGAUUUGUCUAAAGCUCAAAGAAAGGCAGAAUACAGCAGGAUGACUGCUUUCUGGAUUUUCGCAUUGGGACUUGUCCUAUCGGUACAUGGGCAACAAGGUUAUGGAACCAACGGACAAGGACCGCAGAGUGCUGAAGAGCUGAUGGCCAGUGUACACAGCGUAGAUGACUUCAUUGGACUUCUUGUUAAACGCGAUGGCCGUCCCGUGGCAGAAUCAGAGAUUUUCAGUCCAUAUACUACACCCGAUGGAAAGAGAGUCAUUUCAGGAGGCGGAGUUAUGGCCACUCCAGACGAUUGUUCUCCCCGAAACAUGACCGUACGCCUUCCCCUCAAUUACACGGACACGCAGGUGGUGUACUACCCGGAGUGCACCAUGGUACAGCGAUGCGGAGGGUGCUGUCCCGUCCAGUUCCUGACGUGCGAACCACUCUACAAGGAGCAAAUGGUCUACAAUGUGCUCAAAGCCAGGUACUUGUUUCCGGGAUCCAUCAACCUGAGGUGGGAGGGAAUGGAGAGUGUGACGGUAGAGCGCCACCUGAGUUGUCGGGCCGUGUGCAGCUUGCGUGAGACGGAUUGCAACGCAAAGCAGAGAUACAUUCCCCAGCAGUGCAAGUGCCAGUGCCGCAGCAUCCAGCAGUGCUAUCACAACCAGCGCUGGGACUCCAACAGCUGCGCCUGUGUCUGCCUGGAGGUGCAGCAGUGCUGCCCAAAUGAGGACGAUCGCAGCUGCCGACUCAUCUUCGAUAACGAGAGCUGCAGCUGCACUUUGAAGAGCUCCAUUGAGGGUGCUGCAAACUUUAGUAGGGAAGAACUGCGCCAAUGGGAACUAGAAAGGUUUAGCUCAACCAUCGCGGAUAACUCGGUUGUCCCUGACUCCUCUACCACCACCACCACCACUACCACCACUCAGGCUACAACCACGACCUCCGCCGCUUCCAACGAUCCUUGUUUACACAUUACUUGCCCACGUAACUUCUCCAAAAGACUGAACUCCAGCGGCAGGUGCGUUUGCCAGCUGAACCCCAAUCGCAUCCCCCGCCGCCGGCGGGAUAUCAGACGAAAGUAAGAUCAUCGGGCCGUAACGAAGAGCAGUGUUGAUUUGGCAGUAGAAGAACUGUGACGAAAACUGCUUUUUCUUCAUGUGAACCAACUAACCUUGUACUCACCCCCUUCCCUUGGCGACCUGCAACGUUAUAACGUGAUGUCGUUACUAUGUCAGUUAAUAUACUUAGUAUAUAACUUAGUAUACUUAGUAUUUUCUAAUCACGCAUCUUUCAGUUUUUUUCGACGGACUUUGUGCUUUGUUUUUGGUUUUGUUUUGGGGGUUUAAUUUUGCUUUUUUUUUUUUUUCGGAAGAGUUAUUGAAUACAUGCAAAUCUGAGGCCAGUUUGAAGUCUUAACAAACACAGUCGAUUUUACAUUCCAGCUUAAAAUCUACUUUCGUGUUUAGCAGUGUUUUUUUUUUUUUUUUGUUUUUUUUUUUGGGGGGGGGGGCAGCACCGCCUCCUUUAAACAUAUGUAAGUGGACAAUAUAAUGUUAGAACGAGCUGCCGAUCUUCUACUUGACUUCAGUAAGCAGACGACUAGCACGAACGUGUAUACAAGUGGUGGUAGCGUGUGUCACUGGUCAAAUAAUGGAUAACAACCAGUCACAAUGUUCAAGAUCUAUAUAGGUUAACUCGCCUUUUCAAAUUUUAUUUGUAUUUUUUAAACCUUACAGCAUGCAAAGACCAUAUAAGCAUUUUUAAAAUUUGCAGUAGGAAUAUGCGAUAUCCAUGGAAACUUUUUUUUAAAAUAUCGCCAUCAUGGAGCAGUUUUUAGCAAUCCGAACCUCUUCGCGGUGUCGUCGUGUACAAUAAAUGGUUUCACAAAAAUUUUUACAGUUAUUUUUAAAAGAGAUAAAAUACUAGACUGGAGAGACAAGCUUGCCUGACUUCGUAAGAACCUGAAGCAUUUUAAUGAACCACCUAGCAAACUAGAACGUCGACAGAUUUGAUUAAGUUUGCAGUUUAUUCCAGAGCAUUACAGUGUCUCCAUGAUUUCCUCUGUUUGCUUUCGUGCAAACGUAGGGACGGCAAGACACAGUUUCGCCACUGCUCACCAACCUCUUUCUUUUUAAAUCACUAUUAAUGUUGAUAAGGAAUAGAGCAAAUGUUUGCAUGCUGGCCUAUAGCCCAUACAGAGUCUUAGUGAUAGCAUUUUUAAAACCGAAUACUGGACAUGUAUUUGCACAAAGUUAUCAAGCAGGUUUAUGUUAAAACUUCAAUAUUUUGAGUCUUGUAAUUAAGAAAAUUUUUGCACAAAUGGCAAUUUCAAAAACAAGAAGUGUGACGGAUGCUAAAGACAGUUGACGUAUAGUAUGUGGAUUUUUCUGAUAACAGCUUUUCCAUCUCGCUCAGUUAACCUGCAGCUACUAAAUGUCUCCGUAUUGUGCAUGCUGCUCCGCUAUAUUUGUACAGUGGUAUAUCAUACCGAAUAAAAGUAAGAUGUUCUAUUUAUUAUGUUGUACAUGCGUUAUUAUAUGUAGAAAUAUGUAGUUGUCCUAUGUAUGUAAAAAAAAAAAAAUCCAACAAUAAACAUUUCAAGCCAUU